CGGGCUUAAUAAUUGCCAUGUCUAUGGCUUCCACAAUGCAGAGAAGCGGAAACAUUAUAAUAAUAGCUACAAUAAACUAUACUGCAAUCACGCUCUUUAAAAGGUUUCUAGAUACUCGAUAAUUUUACUAUCCUGCAGCCAACACGCUUAAAAAUAGUACAUGUAAAUUUCCCGUAAGAGUAAAUAAUCCACAGAGAGAGGUGCGGAGAAGAAAGAACGAGUAAGAACGUGCUCUUGACAGCUCGACAAGUAUCAACGGUCGAUUCAACAAUUGAAGGCAAUUGAAACGGCGAAAUAUAUAGCGGUCUGCUGUAUAUCUGUAAAAUAGAGCGAACACACGCAGUUAUGGAUCAUCACGUAGACGCUUGUAAAACUGAUAAAGUCAAGGCUGAGGAUAUCGGUCUGUGCGUGGGCAGGAAAUGGAGCAAGAAGUCUAAAACCAAAAGACGAAAAGUCAAAAAGGAGAAGAAGCACAAGAAAAAGAGGAAGUGCUCAUCGUCGAGCAGCGGAAGCGACGACAGUGAUCGACUCGAGUGGGUGGAGAGAGGUGGGAAGGAUGAAGUUUCGUCGCGCACCGCUGAAAAUCACGUUGACGCCAAGGUGCAGGAAAGUAAAGUCAAGAGGGACGAGUGGAUGAACGUGGAAAGUUUCGUUCCGCAUCUAUCCAAUGCCGAGCUACAAGUAUCGCGGAGUGUUACGCGGAAGGACAGGGCCGAGGCGGAGGUGUUUCCGGAUAAACCGGGGCAGAGCGGCAGGGAAUUGAAUCCACACUGGAAGGACGGAGGUGACGGAUUACCUCGAAAUCAUCCAGAGAAGUCUGAUAAGGCACGGAUUUUGGAUGCAAACUGGCUGAAAAAGAGCCUCCGGCGUGCCGAGGAACAAGCCGUUCGAGAUGGUAAAACUUUGGAGGAAGUGGCUGCAGAACGUUGGGGCUCCUUAGAAGCUAUACUUGCCAUGAUAAGUCAAGCGGAAGGAAUGUCCGAUGCCAAACGGAGUAAAUCAUAUUGUAAAAGUAAAAGAUUGCACGACGACAGAGACGACAGAGAUGCCUAUAGAAUUUCCAGUCAGAGACCGAGAAGAAGUUCGAGAUCGAGAUCCAGAAGUAGGGACCGUGCUGAGAAACGCGAUACAUCUGACUAUUCGUCGCAACGUCGCGCAGGGUUGAAACGAACUUGUCAAAGACCCAAAGAUAACGACGAUUAUUAUCACCAGGCUCUACCUGCCGUUAGUCGUACAAAAAACUGGAAGAAAUAUAAGAAUGAUGAUAAAGUUGUCGAGUUACCUGCAUCAGCACCGAGACAAGUUGAUUUAGGAAGCAUUAACAGUGCGACGGAUGAAGACGAUGGCGUCGCAGGUGCGUCUGCAGUUUUGACCGAAGCAGAAAUGAACAAGUUGGGGGCAAGAAUUGUUAAGGCCGAGCUAAUGGGUGACAAUGAAUUGGCAGCGCAGCUCAAAGUCCAACUGGAAGGCGCGAGGAAGCAAGUUACAACGUGUAGCACUAGUGCGCAGGAGGACAAUGUCAUUCUCGUGAGAACCGAUGCGAAAGGUGUCGCAAGGCCGAUAGAACCUAGGCUACAACCUAGAGGCAAAUCCAAGCGGGAGGACAGCAGAAGGAAGAAAACUGCCGAGACACACAUCUCCGGCGAGAGAGUGCGCCAUUUCGUAGACGAUGAUAAAUAUUCGUUACGAGAAAUGUUUCAACGGGAGAAAGGAAGGUCCACGAACGAAGACGAAGCGAUCUUCACUAAAAUCACCCGUAAAGGCAUGGCUCACAUGGACGAUAUAUUUGAGCAACAGAUCACACAAACAGACUCGGAAGCGAGACAGGACGAGUUGGACCGUAAGCAGGCGAUUAAGGAGCACAAGAAUUUGUCGAAAUUUAUGGACAAUUGUUGGUGGUGCCUUGACUCCAAGAACAUGCUGAAGCACAUGGUCGUUGCAAUGGACUCUGCCAUUUGCUUGAGCCUGCCUGCUUGUACCUCCUUGAGUGCCGGUCAUUGUAUAUUGACACCUGUACAGCACGUGGCGUGUCAGUUGCAAUUGGACGAAGAUGUGUGGGAUAGGCUGAAGGAAUUUAAAGGAAAACUGGUAAAGAUGUUCAUGGAGGAAGGUCUUUAUCCGAUAUUUUUUGAAGUGUACAAAAGACGGUGUAAAUUUUCACACAUGCAAUUGGAAUGUAUUCCGUUACCGAAAGAGAUUGGCGAGCUGGGACCGGUGUAUUUUAAGAAAGCCCUGUUGGAAUGUGAAACUGAAUGGUCCAUCAACAAGAAAAUUGUUGAUCUUACGAGCAAAGGUGUACGCCACGCUGUGCCUAACGGUUUAUCAUACUUUAUGGUAGAAUUUGCCUCGCAUUCUGGCUAUGCUCACGUGAUCGAGGAUGAGGAGAUGUUUCCGCAGAAUUUUGCCAAGGAAAUAAUCGGAGGGAUGCUAGACUUGGAUCACAACCUGUGGCGGAAACCGAGAAAACAAAGUUUUGAGGAACAAACGAUGAAGGUAUUGGAGUUUACAGAAAAAUGGAAAAAGCACAAUUCCUCAGGAGCCAGUUGAUCGUUUUGCCUGGAACAAAUGUGUAAAUGUAAUUGUGCGUUCUCAAACGAAUCUACUUCAGUAUCUGUACAGCUUUAUUUUACGUGUGUCAUUGUAUAGCCAUUGUUAAUGAAAACUUUGUAAGAUUAUUUCUCAUCGUAAGUCACGUGAGUCGUGUGUGAUUGCGUCUCUCGUUAAUAAAAAAAAAACACAUGGACA